AAAAUAUCCAAAAUCCAAUUUUUGCCUGGAUAUAAAAGCCGUACCAAUGUCACAAAUCAUUAUCAGUUUUAAUUUAACUUAUCAAUUAGAAACACAAGCUCAUUAGAACGAUGAAAUUUUUAAUAUUUGGCCUACUUAUAGUAGGUCACUCACUUGCUGCUCCAGAAAGAAGUAGGCGUGAACCAGACCCUCUUCCAAUUUUCGCUCUACCAGAGCUUCCGAGUACAGUUGUUCAUGGAUUUUUAAAAGAAUCUGGAACCUUAGAUGAUGUUUUUAAUAGUUUCGAUCAAGUCAGUGUGUCAACAUUUAAUGAGCAUCACGAACAUUCACCAUUAACUGAAGAGCACAAGCAUGUUCUUGAUGAAUACAAACCUAUAGCUGAUAUAUAUAAGCCAGUAACUGACGAAUACAAGCCACCACAUGAAGAAGUCUGGCCACUGCAUGAAGAAUAUGGUCCACCUGCUGAAGAGUACGGACCACCUCAUGAAGAAUAUGGACCACCAGCCGUUCCAGAGGUUCGUCUUAUAGAACCUACAACAACUACAGAGCACUACUGCCCAACACAGGAUUAUCAAGCAGCAUUUGUCCCAUCCCCUCCUGAAAUUAGCAACUUCCCACUUCCAGAUGUUCCAAUUGUGCCUAUUGUUAAGAGUGAAAUUCCAACAUUUCAUGAAAAUUACGGACCACCAACAGAACCACCAGUAAAUCAUGAAGUCUAUGGAUUACCAACUGAAAUUCCUGUAGUCAUUCCGGAAGUUAAAAGUGAAAUUCCAGUUUAUCAUGAAACUUAUGGACCACCAUCUGUGCCGAUUGUUGAAGAGCCUCUUCCUGUUAUUAUCGCUCCAGAACCACCAACUUUUGCUCCAUUGCCUGAAUACGUCCCACCAGCAACAACUAUCCCACCACAAACUCCAAAAUUAUAUCCUUAUGCAGCACCAACAACACCAAUUCCAGAAACAACAUUUAUUCCGGAAGUAAAAAGUGAGAUUCCUGUUUUCCAUGAAGUUUAUGGUCCACCACCAGUUCCAGAGACAUCGACCGUUAUUAUUCCACCUGAGCCACCUACUUUAGUUCCAUUGCCUCCUUAUAUCCCUCCUGUUACAACAACAUUACCUCCUUAUAUCCCUCCUGUCACAACUUUACCACCUUAUAUCCCUCCUGAAACCCCUGAACCUAAGUUAUAUCCAUAUCCAGCACCAACCACUCAACCUCCAGAAAUAAUAACAACACCUGAAACCACUUUACCUCCAGCUACGGCAAAACUCUUCCCAUACCCAGCACCAACCACUCAGCCUUCAGUAAUUAUUACAACUUUACCACCAACACCUGAAACAACAACUUUACCUCCAACAACAGCAAAGCUUUUACCAUAUCCUCAACCAACUUUACCCCCUCAAACAACAACAACAACAGAGGAACCAGCAACAAUAAGAAUUACUGGCAAGAAAGUUUAUCCAGCAAAGGUGCACUCCAAGUAUGAAGACACUCAUCAUUUACCAGGUCUUGUUCGAUUAAAAAGACAUUUGAAGCGCAAAUGGUCCAAACCAGUCAUUGUGCAUCAUGUUCCAGCAUAUCCAAGCUAUCAAUACGUUGUUCCAUAUCAUCAUUAUGGAAAAACAUUCAGACAUCACUACUAACUCUAAAUGGAACUAAAUGGUGAUAACAUUAAUGACAAGACAUUGAAAAUUAAGCAGCAAGCAGUAAAAAAGAAUCUAGAGCAAAUGAAUUCUCACGAGAACUCUCAAAAAUUACAAAAAAAAUAUUUAUUUAUAGACUUGAUUUUUAUGAAAUAAAAUAUUUAUUGAAUAGCUUCAGUGGAAGUAGAAAUGCUGUCUUUUAAACAUGUUGACUAGAUUGUAUCAACAGGUUUGGAUUGAUUAUGAUAAAUGUUGGCCUAAGGGUUCAAGACUCGAUUUUAAUGCAGGGGCGUAGCCAGGAAUUUGAAGAGGGGGGGGGGCAAUUUUUUUGUAUGGAA